UGAUAUAAAAUAUUGAUUUUGAUGACAGGGUGCUAAUAUGAUUACCAGCAUUGAGGGUCUGGAACGACUGGAGCAUCUUACAACAUUACACUUACGUGAUAAUCAGAUCGAGAAUCUCAGCGGAUUUUCAGAGACCAUGCGACUGCUACAAUAUGUUAAUCUUCGCGGCAACAGUGUGACAGAUGUGAAGGAAACUGCGAAAUUAAAAUGUCUGCCUUUACUGAGGGCACUUGUGUUAUCAGACAACCCUUGCCAGGAUGAGGAUGACUAUCGAAUGGAGGUCCUCAUUAACGUUCGGAGAGUUGAACGACUCGACAAGGAUGAAUAUACAGAAGAGGAACGGCAAGAAGCUGAAGAGACUUAUGAACAGAGGAGAGCAGAACAACUCGCAGCCGAGGUAAGAAAAAAAGUAGAAAGAGGGAAGAAAAAAUGAGUGCUGUAAUGAUAUACCAAGGGUUUUGAAAGGGUGGGGUGUGAAUGCUGAAUUUUCAUAGAGACAAGGAGCCCUCUUUGGUCAAUUAUUUUUUUCAUUGUGUUUGUUUUAUUUGUUUAAGGAUUUUUAACUAUAAGACUAUCAUACACAUUUAGGUGACGUUGCCAAGACAAAUUAAGAUUUUUAGCUCUGAUGAGGAGCUCUAGAAACACUCAGCUGAUUGGUUAAUAGAUCUUUUUUAUAUGGGCGCCAAUAUACCCUACUGCCUCUAUUUUACUACUCUCAGAGCUUUCAAGAUUACGAGAACUUGUUUUUUUUAAGCAGCGGUCUACUCUGUAAUAACAUAACACCAUACGCACACACUUUGCCUGUAGGCAAUGAUCAAGUAACAAUUCCAUACUUUUUUAUAAAGUGUUUUCGGUUCGUUUUUCUUGUUCAGAAGUCACCAUACCAGCUUCAGGUCCCACUUUAAGAAUAAGGUAAUUAGCAUGUCUUAAUAAGGACAUGCGCUAUGAUCAGCAUUGUCGGGUUUCAAACCAGAGAACAUGCGUGCUAAAGGCCAGUUUGCACUUGACAGCGGCGAAAAAAAUAAAACAAAAGUAUGUUUUUAUGGUGAUCCACACUGAACGCAAAGCGACUAUAUGACAGGAUGUUGUGUUGCUCAGCAUAGAAUAAUUUUCUGUUUCUGACUCCGGUCAUCCUUCUGAGCAUUUAGGCUGCAGAACAAGCCACGAAAAUUGCGUGCACUACUGCUGUUGUCGUGCACUGGGUAAAUAGAUCGCAAUAUGCAACAGAAUAUUUUUAUCACUGUUGUGUGCCGCUGUCACAUUUGUGUAAAUAGGCCUUAAAGCUGCAGUUACCACAAUUUAAUAACAUUUAUUUAUUUAGCUUUUGCUAGCUUUAAUACAGGUAUCUUUCAAUGCUGACCCCAUCAAGAUUAUCAAACAACUGUAGUC